CGCAUUUCUUGCUUACUGUCCUCGGUUUCGGUUUAGUUCUCUUUCUCUGGAUAAUAAAUAAUAGUUAAUAAACGAUCGCCAAACGAUCCCCCACUUGGUCGCCACACAAACAACGUCGCCCGAAAAAACCGACGGCUAUAUAUAAUUUCCACCCCGCCCUCCGGAAAAGCCCAGGAAUCCCCGGAUUCAAAGUGCGUAGCCCCCCCAAGAAGUAGAAGAAGAGGAAGAACAACAACAACAACAGAGGAGAGGUGAAACAAAGGAGACGCAAACUAAAAACAAUUAAAUUGGCAAUUUGUGGGCGACCUAACGUCGAUUUAUCACGUGAUUGUCUGGCUUUACAUAACAUCCAAGGCGGUCGUUCUGAAGGAGGAGCCGUGAAGGAUUAGGAAGUGGAAAACUAGUAGCUGGAGAAAGAGGACCACAAAUUGGAGUUAUAGAACAGCUGGAGAAACCAAGACAGCUAGAAACUUGACAGGAGAAGCAGACAAAGAGCUUUAAAGGAUCAGGGAAGCAGCACCAAAAGAACCUUAAGAAAACCCCGAAACGAACCCCCGAACUUCCACCAUGAACAACCUGGCAGACACUGUAGUAGUUGAUCCUGGAUUCGGAGGCGGUGACAAGCAGGCGCAGGCAGGACCGGCGCCGCAGGAUGCCAGUGUGGUGGUGCCCCCACCCGCGACCAAGCAAUCCUCGGCCCUGAAGAAGACCAGUCGGUACAGGAGCCGCUCGCUUAGUGCCUCCUCCACGGAUUCCUUCAGUUCGGCCAGCUAUACGGGCAGCAGCGAAGAUGGCGAUGAUGUGCCGCCAAGGGAGAAGGUGCAGAAGAACUCCAAAGGCAGCUCCGAUUUCUGUGUGAGGAACAUUGCCGCCCAGCAUGCUUUUGGUCGAAGGGAGAUUGAGAUUGCGGAGCAGGAGAUGCCGGGCAUUAUUGCGCUGAAAAAGCGGGCCGCCGAGGACAAGCCGCUGAAGGAUGCCAAGAUCGUGGGAUGCACACACAUCAACGCCCAGACGGCGGUGCUCAUCGAAACACUGGUGGAAUUGGGCGCAAGUGUGCGCUGGGCCGCCUGCAACAUCUACUCCACGCAGAACGAAGUUGCCGCUGCUUUGGCCGAAUCUGGAAUCCCGAUCUUCGCCUGGCGCGGCGAGACGGAAGAGGACUUCUGGUGGUGCAUCGAUCGCUGCGUAAACGCCGAGAACUGGCAGCCCAACAUGAUCCUGGACGAUGGCGGCGAUGCCACGCACCUGAUGCUAAAGAAGUACCCGACCAUGUUCAAGUUGGUCAAGGGAAUCGUGGAGGAGAGCGUCACCGGGGUGCACAGACUCUAUCAGCUCUCCAAAGCCGGCAAGCUGACGGUGCCGGCGAUGAAUGUGAACGACUCGGUGACCAAGACCAAGUUCGACAACCUGUACAGCUGCAAGGAGUCGAUCCUGGAUAGUCUCAAGCGCUCCACGGAUGUGAUGUUCGGCGGAAAGCAGGUGGUCGUCUGUGGCUACGGUGAUGUGGGCAAGGGCUGUGCUCAGGCACUCAAAGGACAGGGCUGCAUUGUUUACAUCACGGAGAUCGAUCCCAUUUGCGCCCUGCAGGCCAGCAUGGAUGGCUUCCGCGUGGUGAAGCUGAACGAAGUGAUCCGUAACGUGGACAUCGUGGUGACGGCGACGGGCAACAAGAACGUGGUGGUGCGCGAGCACAUGGACAAGAUGAAGAGCGGGUGCAUUGUGUGCAACAUGGGUCACUCAAACACGGAGAUCGAUGUGAAUGGACUGCGCACACCGGAUUUGACCUGGGAGAAGGUGCGUUCGCAGGUGGACCACAUCAUCUGGCCGGAGGGCAAGUACAUCAUACUGCUGGCCGAGGGCAGGCUGGUGAAUCUCUCGUGCUCCAGCAUUCCCUCGUUCGCCGUGUCGAUCACCUCGGCCACCCAGGCGCUGGCUCUAAUCGAGCUUUUCAAUGCCCCGCCCGGACGCUACAAGACGGAUGUCUACUUGCUGCCCAAGAAGAUGGACGAGUAUGUGGCUAGCCUGCACCUGCCCACCUUCGAUGCUCACCUCACGGAGCUGAGCGACGAGCAGGCCAAGUACAUGGGGCUCAACAAGGCCGGUCCUUUCAAGCCCAACUACUACCGCUACUAAAAAGAGGUCGAGGGCAGCGAUCUGCGGACAAUAACACCAGCAAUUAGGAGUAACAACAACGCCAACGAAAGUAUUGUCUUUGCGAAGAAGUAAAACUAUUUAAAACAAUUGUUGACACACACACAGAACACACAAAAGGAUACGGAAAGGAGAACACAAAGUUACUAUUACCAUUGUAUUGCUUAGUUUAGCUCGAGCGGAAUUAUUGGUUGCUUUUCGUUAGCAUUUAACGUCUUCGAUAUAGUAUUUAGCACUCGAUUUAGCCGCAGGAGUAUUCUCUCUGUUUACUAAUCCCCCAUGACUCUCUAAACCCUAAACUAAUCUUGCCCCUAAGAAUUUAUCCCCUUGAAAUGUUUUUAUUGCCGAUCACUUGAAUUUAUUUUAGAUAUUCGAUUGCUUUUUGACUAGGUUAUCAUAAUUCAAAAGAUGUCGAUUUUAUACAAAUUUGGAAAAGUUUCAUCAACAAAUAUUAAUUCCAAAUAGCUAAAGCUUCAAAUCGAAAUAAUAAGCAAUGUUAAAUGAAAAUCCCUUUUUCGAAUUAUGAAAUCUACAAUAAUAAGUGAUCGAUUUAACCUCUCGUAUUGUUUACGUACUUAAUUUGUUAAUCGUUUAUGCCCCGCUUUUGAUUAUGGCACAUUUGUACUUUCGUUUCGUCCGGAGAGUGUUGAUUGAAAUGCAGUGCAAAGUAAUUCCAUUUAUUCAAUUAUAUACACGCUGGCAUAUAUUUCAGAUCGAGAAUUAUAUAUAUACACUGCAUAUACACCUAAUAUGUAUAUUAGAGAAAAGUGAAAAAUGUUUGUAAGAAAUUUGUGAGAAACGCAAAACAAUAAAAAAAAGGAUUCUUUAUUGAGCAAUAA